AUGAAUAAUGAUGUGGGAGCAAGUGGGUCCAAGCCAAGUUUUGAGGACGUGCAAGAAGAAGUGCCACUUCCUUUUCCACAAGCGGUGUAUCAAGAGAAGGCUUUGAGUAGGAAAGAGAAGAAAUCCAUGGAGUGUUUUGAUGUAUUCAAGAAGGUGGAGGUCAAUAUUCCUCUUCUUGAUGCAAUCAAGACCAUUCCUACAUAUGCCAAAUUUCUCAAGGACUUGUUCACUCACAAGCGGUAUAAGAAUAAAUUGAAGAAAGAUGAUAAAAUGUGCUUGAAUGAGAGAAUUAGUGCUGUAUUUCAAAGGAAGUUACCUCCCAAGUUCAAGGAUCCGGGAUCUUUUACUAUUCCUUGCAAGAUUGGUGAGAGGCCAUUUGAGAAAGCUCUUAUGGAUUUGGGGGCUAGUAUUAAUUUGAUGCCUUAUGGAGUGUACAAGGAGCUUGGGUUAAGCGACAUCAAGCCUAUCCAAAUUUCUCUCCAACUAGCCGAUAGAAGUGUGGUGUACCCGAGAGGAGUCGUGGAGGAUGUCUUAGUGCAAGUCGAUGAAUUGGUCAUACCGGCCGAUUUCGUUAUUCUUGACAUGGAGGAAGUUUACCAAGAUGAGCUCCCUAUCAUCUUUGGUAGAGCUUUUAUGGCCACGGGGGGGACAAAAAUUGAUGUGAAGUUGGGCUUGCUUACCAUGAUGGUCUAUGAUACAACAAUCGGCUUUAAGAUAUUCGAUGAAUUGAGGAAGUCCAUGAGACUCCAAAAAGUCUAUUCUAUUGAAGUCGAGGACAAGAUUGAUGACUUGGUGGCACACUUUUCAUGA